AACCGCACGUCAUCAGACGAUACUCGAAUAGACAUCAGUCAUCACACAAAUAAUAUAAAUAACUAAAGUCAGAAUUAAAUUUUUUCAUGAAUACUAAUAAUAACUGAGUCUGUACCUACUUGAAUCAUAUAAGAAUAUUAUCGAGUAAAUAAGGAGAAAAAUGGACGAAAAUGAGAUUUCAAUUAUAAACAGUAAAGAUUUCCCUAAGGUUUCUGAGGUUUUGCAAAAUUUUGUAAAUAAUAAUGAAAAUAAAUUUGCAUUUCCACAUCUCUCAGAGAAUAACAUGCGUAUUUCUCUUUGGGCUGCUUUAUUCGAACACCUACAAGAGAAAUCUGCAGAAUCCAUUCACACUGACUGUUUAACCACUCUUAGGGUAUUGAGUCGUGACAAAACUGAGGUGGAAAAUCUGAUAUGUGAAAGGUGGAUGAUAACACUUAUAGAAAAAGCAGGAUUGUACAAUUUCAUAGACCCCAGUGAGGACAUAACAGAAAAUGAGAUGCCAAGCAAAGAAAUAGCAGUAGAGGCACUUAAAUGCCUUUGUAAUAUUGCAUUUAACAGUGAAGUGGCCAGAGCACUAUGUGCUCACACAAGUAUGGCUCAGGGCCUUGUUGCUAGACUGAGAUCAUACAAAGAGAUACCUUAUAAAGAGGAUAUAAUAAUAUUUGACAUGAAACUGCUGUUUAUCCUUACUGCAUUAAGGCAAGAUAUAAGAGCAAAGAUCAAAAAUGAACUCCAUGGCAUGGAUUACCUGAUAAGCUGCUUGGGUGAACUAGUUUCAGAGUCUUUGAAGGUUGGUGAGGAAGCUUCAGGGGGUUCGCAACAAGUAAUACUGAAUGAUCAGCAAGUAGCAAUUGCAUGCGAAAUAUUGAAGACCCAAUUCAACAUGAUGUACCAUUCUGGUCCAGAAGAACCGGUUACUGCAGAGGAAGAAGCUAUGUGUUUAAAACUUAUGCCAGUCCUCACAUCACUGUUGAUGGCAGAAACACACACUUGGGAGAAGUUGAUGGAGUUGCACAGUAAUAUUGCUAAUUUGUUAACAAGUGUGCCCUCUGAGUUUUAUGAGUAUUUGUCUCCAAAGUGCAAUGAUGGAGAACAGGUAAAACAUUUGUAUGAUGGGAGAAAUAUGGAAGCCAUUCAUGGACUGCUACAGUUGAUGCAGCAUAGAUUGACUAUCACAACUAGUACGAGUGUACAAUAUGAAAACCUAUCGCCAAUACUAACAGUAUUGAACAAAAGUGCUCGCAGUGUAAGGGCACAAAGAAAGUAUCUCCGGCAGACUGUUUUACCCCCACUUAGAGAUGUUUCUAGGCCGCCGGAGAAGGGUAGCACUCUCCGUAACCAACUUUGCAGAUUGCUUACCACUCCUGUCACUUCUGUCAGGGAUCUUGUAGCCGAGUUUUUGUUUAUUCUUUGCAAGGAAAAAGUUGGUCGUAUGGUCAAAUAUACUGGGUUUGGUAAUGCAGCUGGUCAUCUAGCUCAAAAAGGCCUGAUGUGUGGAGGUCGUGGACCAGUUCAGUACUCGUCGAGCAGCGAAGACUCGGACACUGAGGAGUAUUUGGAAGCCCAGCCUCAUAUAGACCCAGUCGUGGGAUGCACCAGACCACCUAGAGUCAAUCCUUUCGAGAAUAUGACUGAGGAACAGAAGGAAUACGAGGCAAUGAAAUUGGUGAAUUUAUUUGACAAAAUGCUGUCUGACGGUGUGGUGAAACCGGCCACCAUCGGUCCAGAUGGGAAGCCUAAACCCAUGGAGCAUGUGUUGGAAAUGAGAGAAAAUCCACCGAAUAGACCACAGUCUUAAAUAGUCCGACCUAUUCCCCAUAGGAAUAUUAAUGAAAAUGUUUCAAUAGGAGAAAUGUUACAGAAAAUAAUUUGAGAGCCAGAACAGUUAUAACAUUGUCUUUUUUAAUUUUGAAUUGCAAUAAGAACUCAACUGAAUGUAAUGUGGUAUCAGCUUUUUUAAAAACAAAGCUAAGGCUUUAUAUGUCUCAACCCAAAAAAGAUUUCAUGUAACUUAUAAAGAUAACAGUCUUUGGAUAGACAUAACAAUCUUUGAGAACAGAGACUAUAUUAUUGUAUGUAAAAUGUUACAUACAUUUUUAUAUUAAGUACAUCUUUUGUAUACAUAUAAUUUUGGUCAUAUAAUUAAGAACGAUUUGAAAUAUUAGACUAUUUUUAUUUAAAUCGUGUCAUACACAGAGAUGUCUACCUUCUGAGAAGCAAGCAAAAAAUUUGUUAUGUCAUAAAAUAGCCACACAAUAGAGCAAUGUUUCUAAAAAUGAAAAAAAAUCGCUAACAAUUUUUCUUACAUUUUAUUUAACUGUACUAGUAGUAAAACUCAGGUAACACAUUAAAAUAGUGCUGAAACAGGACAAUUUAAGAACGAUAUACUAAACUGAUGACACUUUUCACAAUUAGAAAGGCACACUAAAAUGUAGUGCGACAAAUUUAAAAAGCAAUUUAAUACAUUCUUAAAUAAAAUAGUAGUUAAUGGCAUAUCCACGGCUUUUAAUUACUGCUUUACACCUCGCAGGUGUUAACAUACAUUUUUCCACUGUUGCAUAGUCCAGUUUUCAUACAUUCUCGCAAAUGUAACAUAGGUAACUUUCUUGCUACCCCACCGUGCAAUUUUUAUUCUACCAAACGUCUUCGAAUAGUGCGUGCUGAGAUUGCUGAGGGGCAAAAUACGACGUUUCGGUUAUUUCGAGGAUCUGUUUUUUCUUGUUUAGAUACACGUGAAAAUUUCGCUACAGCGCUAUCGUUUUUGAACAAUGCAGACAGUCGGCUAUCUUUAUAAUAAACCAAUUCUUCCGGCGACGUUUUAUUAUUACUUACCUUGAAGGUUUAUCACAACUGUAAUGUUCCCUUUAAUUUUUCAUAAGAAGCCAACAC